AUGACAACAAAUUGUCCAUCGUUUGUUCGACAUCAAUCACUUGAAGCUACCCAAGUAAUACCAUUAUUUGAUUCCACAACAACAACAUUUACUUCGACACCGCCAUUUAAACCUAAAGCUGGCGAAGUCUAUGUUAUGAAAUUAGAUAUUGGUCAUGAAAAUGAUUGGCGUAGUGAUGGUUAUCGUUGGGUUCAAAUAGCUGCUAGACGUUUGCCAACACAUAAUCCUGUUAUUAAAAAGUGUUAUUUUCAUGCUGGACAAAAAAAUAAAAAGAAGAGCAAAGACUUUGAAAAACAAGCAUUUGUAUCGCUUGUUGAUCCAUCCAAAGUCGUUGUACAAUAUCUUGGUGAUGAAAAUGUAGCUGAAGAAUUUCCUCAUGGAAAUUCAAAGAAAAAUACUAAACCAUUUUUUCGUACGCGUCCAUCAUUACUCAAUAAACUCAUAUCGGAAGCAGCCACAAAUGCUGAAACAGCACAAAUAUUUAAACAAUAUACAUCUAAUAAUUCUCAUGAACAUGAUGACGAUGAUAACGAUGAUGAUGAUGAAGAAGAAUCACCAGCCAAUAAUUCUAUGGAAGCAGAUGAAACAGUCGACGAUAGCGAUCAAAAGAAAUCUUCUAUGAUUAAACAUGAACUAAAAAAAACAAAAGUUGGACCUGAAGUUUUAUCUCAACCGCGUAAUAUUGAACAAAUAAGAAAUGUUAAACGACGUUUAGCACGUCGUCUUGUUGCAUCAGCUGACGAAAUAUCAGAAUUGUAUCGAUUUGCACGUGAAACACCCAAUUACAUUGUUCGUUUUACUUUAAUACCAAAUAUUGUUGCUAUUGCAUUUUCCAAUGAAUCUAUGCAUGAAUUUAAUUUACUAUUAGAUCAUCCGGAUCUUUUAUCACAACAACAAGUUCUUAUUACAUUUGAUUCAGCCUAUACAAUUAAUGCAUUUCAUGUUACAUGUGUGUUCUAUCGUCAUAUCGCCAUGAAAGAAGAACCGUGUAUUUUACUUGGUUGUGCAUUACACAAUCGUCGUUCUGAUGAUGUGUAUGAAUAUAUUCUAACACAUUUAAAACAACAGUGUCCAAAUAUCGAAUCACGUUGUUUAUUUAUAAUUGACAGUGAAGGUAAUACAUUAAAAAACAACUAUCUCUCAAUAUUUUUGCCACAUCUACGCGUAAUUCAUACAUGGAAUUAUGUUUUUUCACAACUACGCGCAUGGCUAUUGCAAAAUGGUCGUACACAAGCUGAUUAUCAAUUUUAUAAUGCUGAACUUAAAUCAUUACUAUUAUGUGCUGAUAUGUUAACAUUCACACGAUUGUACGAUCGUUGCAAAUCAAAUUGGACACAAGAAUUUCGAACGUAUUUCGAACAAAUUAUUUUACCAUUAGUCGACACAGAUCUCGGAUCAUGGGUACUAAAAAAAUAUGAUCUAUUCGAUGCUUAUUCCGGUAUUAAAGGACUUGUUUGUGAUCCGAUGCAAGCUGUGGCUGUUCAAUUACGUGAUUGGCGUGAGUCUCGUUUCGAUAGUGGAGCGAUGGCUUUUUAUUGGUUGCAAAUGUAUUUUGUUCAGCAAAUACGAAAGUCAUAUUCACGUCUCGGUGGUAUAUACACCUUAAAACAAGGUCUAUAUGAAAAAUGGGCUAUGGCAGCUGUGGCGGCGAUUGCUUCUCACGAGCCAGUAAAAGCAUUAGUACCAGAAAAAAUUGUUGAACACGUUCGAGCUAAAGUUAUUAUAUCUUCUGUACAUCAUCCACAUUUACAAGCUAAACGAAGUAAUGAACAACAAAUUUUAACAUUAUCACCCAUCAAACGACUUAAAACGACGACGACGUACGAUAAUUCACAUCAUCAUCAUCAGCCAUGUAUCAUUGCAACAACGACGACAACACCACAUCAUGUAACGACGGCUGAUUUAAAAGCAACAUUACUUGCUGCUGCAGCUGCACAACAACCACGAACGAUGACAAUACGACGAAUAGCUACAACAACAAGUCCGCAACAACAACAACAACAAACGACAUUUCGUCUUACAACAACUCCCUCUGCUUCCUCGUCACAGCAACCACAACAAUUCAUAAUAACAACAGCUGGCACCGCGUUACCCCUCUCGCAAACGACAACAACUACAGGACUAGUUGAUGACUCAUCGAUGUAUGACGAUGGUACAGCUGAUUUAAGUGGCUGCUUAGUAACAACAUCUUCGCAAUCAUCGAACACAUCAACAUCUCAAACACGUUCAUCGUUUGUUCGUCCUGCUCUACCGACCAAUGUACUUCGAUUAACAGUCGUACGCAAAUAA